AUGCUCUCCAGAACUGCUAUGCUUCUCGCUUUCAUGGCUGUUGCCACCUCGGGCUUUAGUGUCCGCCCAUCGGCCAAGAAUACCGUUGAGGAUGCCCAUGAGCAGCUGACCAAAAAGAUCCGGUGCUGGGAGCCAAUCGAGGAAAGGAUUGCUGGAAACCACUUCUCUGGAAAACAUCAACUGAGUGAGCCGAUCUACGAUUUCUGCUCCUACAUGCCGGACCCAAAGAACUGGAACAAAGGAUACGUCAACGGCGUCGAAAUUGGCUCCGACGACUACACCAACGUCCUCAACUUCUUCCACAUCACACACCCCAGACUCGCCAUGCUCAAUUUCUGUCUUCAAGAGGCUCUCCAAAUUGGACGCUCAACCCAGAUCGCAAUGCAGUGUUUCUGCAAAAGAGAUGGCUGCAACUUGCCAAAGGAAUUUACCAUGUUCCUCGACUUCAACAAGCUUCCGAUGCCAGAAACAUCUUUCUAA